AUGGUUGGCAUCCUGGAGAAUCGAGGGCGUCAACCGGUGGACGAGAGCGGCCUCAAUUUUGUGGUCCGGCGGGAACCCGAAACCUUCUGGAAAAGCUGGUGGAAGGCGAUGGAGAAAUCAGGAGCAUCUGUUAUCAUCCCGACCUUUGUCGUGUGUCAAGUCGACCAGACAACACCUGAGAUCAUGUUUGGCCUGAUACAACAGACGACACAUGUUGACGGAUGUUCCGCCAUUGUCCGAACGGAGAUGCGGUUUGAAACGUGUGACAAGACCAAUUGGAAACCGCGCCUCCUAGGGCUUGUGCCGAACUGA